AUGUCCAUCAGCCUUCCCGGCAUCCAGGGCCGCACCCGCAGUCCUCAAUGCGAUGAAUUCUUUUCAAGCCUUUUUGAGUUCCAAGGAGAGGAACAUAUCUUCAUACUUCAGCGUCAAGGCGAGCCUCGAUCGGCGCCAUGUCUCGAAUGUGCUCGCACAAUGAGCCACAGACGCACCUCGCUCGGUCCAGAUGGCAAUCAUGUUUGUCGCUACUACUAUGGUAGCCGCCGCUGUGCAUCCUGCGUUCUGAAGAAUAAGGACUGCAAUGAGAUCAUGGAUAUCAGUCUGCGCCGCGCCGCUAUUCGUCUUCAGCCCCUGUUUUUGGACUAG